CUUAGUCGAUCGACAAGCCGGUUAGCCUCAAUCCUCAAUGGCGUCCAUCGUUUCGUUCUCCUGCGUGAACGAGCUUCACUUCUAACUGCAUUCAGCAGUUUAAUUGCUAUUGUAGAAAUAUGAGCCGAAGGAGAGCGUACGAAGACGACGACGAAGAUGAUUUCCGUGUGCGCAAGCGCCGAAGGGUCAGUUCGGAGCCCAGGGAAAUAGAAGACCGCUUGAAGUCGUUGAUCGAAAGGGUCGGGGAGAAGAGCACGUCAUCGCUGGAAAGCAACCUGGAAGGACUGGCGGGUGUGUUGGAUGCAGACCUCCCAAGUUACAAAGGAAACAUAUUAAACAUCUUAGUGGACUGUGCCAUCUUCAUGCCAGAGAAGACAACCAUCUACACAACGCUCAUUGGCCUGCUCAAUGCACGCAAUUACAACUUCGGUGGCGAGCUUGUGGAGCUGUUGGUGAAGAAUUACAAGGAGCGGCUCAAAGAGUGCAAGUUUGAAGAUGCAAGGAUCAUUGUGCGAGUCUUUGCGGACCUCGUUAACUGCCACGUCAUUUCUGUUGGCUCGGUGGUCAGUCUCUUUGAAAGCAUGCUUGAGGUCACCCUCGAGGAGAAUGUACCACAGGUUCGCUCUGACUGGUAUGUCUAUGCUGUGCUGACUGCAUUACCUUGGGUGGGACGAGAGCUUUAUGAGAAAAAGGACCAGGAACUGGACCGGCUUAUGCGCCACAUUGAUGACUACAUCAGCAAGCGGCAGAAAAGGCAUGCCCCAGCACUGCGUGUUUGGCAGGCCCAAGUUCCCCAUGCCCAGGAAGAGGGGCUCGACUGUCUCUGGGCACAAGUGUCAAAGCUGCGCUCUGAGAAAUGGGUAGAACGGCACCUGGUGCGACCCUACCUUGCCUUUGAUGGUGUUCUGUGUGAGGCCCUCCAGCACAAUCUGCCCAGCCUGGCCCCACCACCACACCAGCCACAGUACAUCUACCCCUUCCCAACAGUGGUAUUCCGGCUCUUCGACUACACUGACUGUCCUGAGGGGCCCGUACUACCAGGCUCCCAUUCAAUUGAACGUUUCCUGGGUGAAGAGCAGCUGCGUCACAUUCUCGAACGCAAUUAUACAGAUCGCAAAGUCUGCGCUGCACAGCUGCUGAGCUUCCAAGGCAAGCUCAAGGUGCCUCUGGAGUACAUGAUUGUGGAGGUGAUCUUUGGUGAGCUGCUGCGGCUGCCCACCUCCAGGCACUUGGAGAUAUUCUACGGUUCCCUUCUGCUGGAGCUAUGCAAGCUGCAACCGAGCACAUUGCCCCAAGUCCUUGCGCAAGCUGUCGAACUUCUCUAUGAGCAGUUGGACACCAUGAACACUGACUGCUUAGACAGGUUCUGCAGCUGGUUUGCCUAUCACCUGAGCAAUUUCCAGUUUCGUUGGACUUGGGACGACUGGGCUGAUGUUGUCUCUCUGGAUCCUCUCCAUCCCAAGGCUGUCUUUUUGCGACAGGCGUUACAUCGUUGUCUCAGGUUGUCCUAUCACCAGCGAGUGGUGGAACUUGUGCCGGCCUCAUUUGCACCAUUUGUGCCUGCAAAGCCAGUUCCUGACUACCGUUUUGGCAAGGAGGGGUCAGAUGACCUACCCGGAGCAUCUGUUGCAGCGCGGUUAGCCAGCUGCAUCCGCAACAAAUGCACGCCUGAGGAAGCCCUUGAAGUUCUUGGGGAGUUACCCAACCCCUUGCAGGAGGACGAGGGCAUGGAGCCUGCACACAAUCCCCUAAAAAUCCAAGUCUUUGUGGAGACCUUGCUGCAGAUUGCAAGCAAAUCCUUCUCACACUCCUUUGCAGGCAUUGCCAAGUUUCAUUAUGUUUUCAAGACCUUGGCAUCUACAGAGGAAGCUCAAAUAUGUGUUUUACGUAGUACUUAUGAUCUCUGGCACAACCACCAGCAGAUGAUGAUUGGCCUUGUAGACAAGUACUUGAAGACGCAGAUUGUGGAAUGUUCUGCCGUGGCUAACUGGGUUUUCUCCAAAGAUCUAGCACCUGAAUUCAUGAGGCCCUAUGUUUGGGAGAUCUUGCACCUCACUAUACGAAAGAUGAUCAAGCACGUUCGAAAGUUGGAGUCGGAACUAGAAGACGCCAAAAGCAAGCUCAGCAAGGGUGACUCAGCCGAUAAGGACCAUCCCACGGACGAUAUGGUCGAGAGGAUGGAAGAGAAGCUUGAAGCGACUCAAAGUGACCUCAAGAACCUCUUUCUCAUCAUAUUUCAGAGAUUCAUCAUGACUUUGACCGAGCACAUUGGCCAGUGUGAAGUCGAAGGCACAAACUUCCAGACAUAUUGGUUUCGUUGGACGCUGGGUCGCCUGCAAGAAGUAUUUUUCCAGCACCAUGAACAUGUCUUCAAAUAUGUGAGCACAUUGGAAUCGCUUUUGUUCACCAGUGACAUUGACCCUCAUGUGCUGGAGGUGUUCCAGCAGUUCGCAGCAUUACGUGCAUAAAUGAGCUAUUAAAGAACCAUCUUCACAGUUG